AUCAGGACACACGCACAAUGUAUUGUUAGUUAGGACCACUUUAAGGCAAGCGCUUUUACUACAAGCAAGCUUGCUUCAAUAUGCAAGCUACUAACAGCUUUGGUGACCAUUCACCUAGGGCAAGGCUAUUAGAUAUAGUAAACGCUAGUAAUGACGAACGCCUACUUGAUGCUCUGUGCAAUGCGGCGCUGGCUUUCUUAUCAGUCAAUGGCGAAGGGGCGAGCAGCGGUGCUGCCUGCACUUCCUCCUGUGGUCUACCCCCUGACGAUGUCCAUCGCUCGCCCACAAAGGGUCAUCCCCAAAACAAGGGAGCGUCUAGGGAGCGGCCAACCCAACAACGCGAAACUCACAGCCAGGUGACCGCCGCUCCACCGUGUGACAACACUGCGACUGGGCGGGGUACAGCCAGCGGUGGCAAACAUCGGCCCCAUGUAUACGGCUCCGGUCCCUCCCCUGUGCUGCGACGCCAGUAUGAGCGAUACAGCCUGAGGCCUGGCAGCGCCACCAGCAGCGCCCUGCGACACCCCGGUAAUGCUGAUGGCGCAAGCCCAUCUUCCACUGCUGGUUGUGCCAUCCCUGCAAGCAGCAGCGCCAGCAAACCUGCUGCCACUACAUCCCAGACGUCUCCCAGCUCUUCCGUAAACACCUCCGCCACCGCCACUCGGCACCGCCUGGCCAACUCCACCAGCCAUGCAACAAAACAACAACCCGCCGCUCACCCCACCACCACCACAGCCGCCACCGCUUCCCCAUCGCCCUUCCCACCCACCGCCUACAAAACCCCCGAAACGCGCGUGCUGCUUCGCGCCCCGCACGCCACCACACCCGCCACCGGCGGCACCGCCACCCCCUUCUCCUACAAGACCUCCCAAAGCAGCGCCGCCAGCUGCUCCGGCCCCACCCCCCACCGCACCUCCACCUCCCACCACCCUCACCCGCAACACACUUCCACCACCUCCGUAGCCCGCCCUUCCGCCUCCGCAGCCCGACCCUCGCCGUCCUCCGGCGCCCGCCGCCCCGGCGCCGGCGGCUUCACACCUGUUCAGUACCAGCCCCGCGGCCUUGCUGCCCUGCGCCAGACCGCCGCCGCCAGUGUCACCCCUGGCGGCGCCAUCACCGGUACGGCGCUCUCCAGCCGCCAUGGCACCCCCACCUCCGUGUCGUGUGGCGGUCGCCUGGGUGCUGGUGGCGGAGUCGGUGUGCGGGGUGCGGGUGCGGGG